AUGGCACUAGAGAGGGUCAAGAAUACCGUAAAUAUCUUUUUCAAACAUCUUGAUAAAAUUUUCAAAGUUCAAGCUGAAAAGGGCAAGUCUCUGCUGCACGUUGCCCAUGCCAACAAUGUGCCAUUGGAAGGUGCAUGUGAAGGAAACCUUGCAUGCUCAACAUGCCAUGUGGUUUGCGAUAAAUCGGUGUUCAGAGAAGAAGAAAUUUCAGAGCGAGAAAACGAUCUAUUGGAUCUAGCCUACGGCUUGAAACCUACAAGUAGACUUGGAUGCCAAGUUGUGGUUGAUGAUUAUAUGAAAGACAAGACGUUUGAGAUUCCAAGAGCCACGAGAAAUCUGGCGGUGGAUGGAUAUAGGCCGCCGAUACACUAA